AUGACUUGCGUUAACAUGGGACGAACAAGUCUUGCUCGAGCAAUGAGAUUAGUUCUUGGAAUCUUAAUCGGAUUGGAGUACUGCAUUUGUCACAGGUAAGUUCUAAACAACUCUUUUGUGUUGCGGUUUUGUUUGAGUGUAAAAGUGAUUUUGUCGCUCAUCCGUUUACACUGUUUACAUCGUCGAAAACGGUAGCGUUGCUCCAUUCAUUGAAAAAUGUGCUUGAUGAAGGAGAACAGUGAACGUUGUGGAGAAGCUACCUUUAUAGGCGAUUAGGGGUGUAAAUUUACACCAAUUUUGAGGAAGAGAGUAAAUAGAUUAAAAUAUGUCAAUAAAAUAGAACGUUCUCGGAACAAAUUAAAAAUGUUAUCAAAACAAACUGAAUAAGGUUUUGCGAGUACAUCAUCAGUUGCACCGUCGUGCAAAUGGCCUUUCUACAGAGGUUUUUUUGGCAGUUGCAUCGGGAAAUGUGUCAGGAUGCAAACUAGAGACCGUUGCUUGCGAUUGCGGAAAGGUGGUCGUCUUGAGUCUUGAGACAUCGGUGACUGCAUGGUCUCUCUGCCAGCAAAAAGCUGAUGAAGAGCUAGUAAUGACUGUUAGUUUAUAUUGUUAGUUCUCUUCUUUUCUUCAAGAGAUUUCUCUCCGGUUUUCCAGUACUCCGGUUUUUCCCUCUCCUCAAAAACCGAAAUUUUUAAAUUCCAAUUCAAUCUGAAACGCACGAACAUUUCUAAAACGAGUUCUCAAGGCCGCGGGGGACGCCUAUCUAUGAAUAAAUUCAUAAGGCAAAAUUUUGCCCGGGCUACAUGUUUUAAAACGCUUGUUAAUCUCGGCUGUUUUGCAGGCGAUUUAGAUAAAAUUUUACAGAGACAUGGCGGAAAGAAGAAAGUUUAUUUUUUAGGAGGGUUGUUUUUUAUCUGGCAGAUCAAGCUUUAUGGUAAUGCUUUGAGCCACGGUUGUACCAAAUUGAGAAAUCAUAAUUUUGUGUCCAAGUUUACAGAAGGAAUAGAAGACAACACUCUAUGAUUUUAUAAAUAAAUGAUCGCUCUAUACAUGACACACUACAGUAUACCAAGUUUACCCCUCUGUAGAGCCAGCUCGUGAAGUUUUGUAUCUGUGCUGAAUUCUUGGACACAAAAGUGUCGGAAAAGUCAAAUUUUGAGACUCUUGAUGUCCCGACUACAGAACGAGUUCUAAGCAAGAUAUGUCAUGGUAAUUAUGCUUAAUUACAUUCCUCGCUUUAAUUUUGUUUAUUUAAGCUACGAUGUUUUCGAGUUCAUUCUCUCUUUUCAAGGAUUUUUGAGGCGGAAAACUGAAAAAAACCUUCAAAGAGUUGUAAUACUAGAUUCGGUUGAAAUUUCUAAAGAUUUCCUUAUUUUUAUUGAUUUAAAAAUCAGUGAAACAAGGUUUAUCCUCUCUUGGUAACAAUAAUUAAUAUUUGAAGCGCGGGUAAUACAGCCAGAACCUCCUUAAUACCGACACGAAAGGCCAGACAAAACCAAGUGUCCACCACAAUACGGGUAGCCUGCCAGGCGUUCAGAUUGUGGAGACUGGUUGUCAGUAAAACGGGAGGUCGGGGUCUAUCUUUUUGUUAAAGAAUUCUGUUUUAGGGUUAGGGUUGACACUAACCCAACCCUAACCCUAACCCUAAAAAAGCAUUCUUUAACAAAAAGAUACACCCCGACCCCGCGAUUUACUGGCAACCGUGGGGACUGACUUUGCGCCACACUGCUACUAUCGCACUGAACACAGGGAACAGGCUACAGUGUGUAUUAAAGUGCUAGGAAUCUUACGCGUUUCAUUUAACGCUUUGUUUGUUCGGCUCCAUUUUAAUUCUAUUAGUGUUCGCGUUUAGUUCAGUUUGGAGUUCAUUAAUCGUUUAUCGUUCGUGUAUUUUUGCUCUUUGCGUUAUACAGGUAUCAAUGUUUAGACCGCGAGAGGGGUACGGGCUUAGGUGCGACAUUGAACCCCAAACUGCGAUUUUUUUAAGCCCAGAGAGGGAUGUUUUAUCACAUUUGAACUAUUUUCCCGUCCCCGGGGAAGCGAAUUUGACCAAAAAGUUAUAGAAAAAUUGAAGUGCCGCACCUAUGCCACUACCACCCCCGGCACCAUCCGUCCAAACAUUGAUAACUGCAGGUGUUUGUUGCAUUUCGUGUAUUAAGUUCUGCUUGCAAUUUUAGCGUCAGUUCUUCAUUGUCUUUCGUUUUGUCCAGUUUACAGUUUAAAAGUAUUUUUUCGUCUUUGCUUGUCCUAGUGUUUCGUCUUUAUUUCGCUAUCGUCUUUCCCGCAUCGCCUCGCUUCGCUCGGUUCGCCUUGAUUCUAUUCACCCGGAUUGUUAAAAAUUCUAGAUUAAAGGGUGCUUACCAUUUCCACAAACCACCCGGGUGGAAAUGUUAUGCAUAAAAACAAAACUAUAAAAAAUUUGACGUGGUGGGAUAACGACCUGCCACAAUGCAUAUCCAGGGGUCAAUUUAAUAAACUUUUACAAGUGUAGUCUUUGUUUUAGACUCUGAAAACGGUAGAUACACUUGAAAAUUACACCAGUAAAAGUUGUAUCAGAAACUCAUAAGGGGUUCAACCCCUUAUGAGUUUCUGGUUGCAUUAUAUUGACCCCAGGUUAGCUAAACAGACUACAACAGGAGUAACCGUAUUACAAAGUUUAAAGAUUGUACUCGGGAAGUUUGGAUCUUGGGACUGUUCGUUAUUUAACAAUUAUUCCACGAGGGCGCGUUGGAUAUGAGAUGAUAGAUAGCGUACACAGACCAGAUAUGGAGAGCAUGGUAUAAUUGUUAAAUAUACCAUAACGGCUAAGCCAAUCAAAAUGUUAGAAUUGCAUUAUCCAAUGAUUCAGUUUUUAAUAAAGAAAGAUAUCCUUGACAUUAAGGAUCAAGGAACCGGUAGCCUGCGCGCAGACGAAAUUAAACUCUGGUUAACUCCGUCUGCGAAACAGCGCCGAAAUCCUUGUUCUGGACUUCCAGCUGUGUACCCAGAUUUGAGUACGCGCCACGAUUGGCCAGUUAAAAAAGGCCUUUGUUUUGUUUGUCGUGAUCGCCAAUCAGGUUGAAGGGGAAUUCGAAACGCACUUCCGGUAAUUCGUUGAGUCCGUUGGGGGUCCAGAACAAGGAUCUCUGCGCUGCUUCGCAGACGGUACUAAUCAGAGUUUAUUUAUCGUCUGCACGCAGGCUAGGAACCGGUUGACUGCAGAUAACAUAUUGGGUGUGUUCUCCAUGAAUUAUGAAUUCAACUCCAUGGAAAAUUACCUACAUUUGAGCCAGAAUAAUCACGGCAAAGAUGAAAAAACGGAAAUAAAUUUCAACGGUAACGUUUUAGCUACCGUCGCCGUCAUUGUUUGCAUAUUAGGAAGCUUUAGCAACUAAGACUCCAAAAAAGCGAUCACCAUGGCGAUGGGUUUGUUAAGCAAAACAACAACUUUGGUCGUGCAUCGCAUUGUUUUUGGACAUUUCUUUUCCGUCCCCGUAGGACUACGACGUGAAAAUGCCUGAAUUCACGCUUUCAUGAGGCAUGUAAACAAGCGACGGAGAAUUUUUCCUUCUCUUUCUAAACUUAGUUGCGGUCCCCAAGAAAUCAACUCUAGAGAAAUUCGCCUACAUUAAGUUUUCAGCGAAUUGGAAUAAACGCGACAAUGUUUGAAAAAACUCAAAUUCAUUUUAAAAGGAACAAUUUCGUUGCCGUCGCCGUCGUCGAUGCUAAAGCUCCCGUAUAGAUCAGGCAGCAACGGUGAUGUAUGUUGCACUUUCAGGUGACUUUCUCAAACUCAUUUUAACAAUUCAGAACGAAUAUACAAAGGAAAUUAAUGUUUAAUGAGUGUUUGGAAAUAAGAUGAAAAACUACUCAUUUUUGUCUCCUUAAGCAGAGUACCAAGCUUUUUGAAAAAAAUCCACUUUUCAGCAUAAAACAACCAAAUCUGUCUAUUUCAUGUAAAAUCAGGUGAAAAAGUUGGUAAAAGGCCAUUUUUAGGUUUUUUGAUUAACCCAUUCACCCCUGAACCGCCCAUAACCGCCCGUGCGGAUCCAGGUCCUUUCUACCCUUUGUGACGUCAUCAGUUUUAACGGUCAAGGACAACUUUCUUCGCUACCUUGUGCAGGGUGAAGAGAUCUUUCAAACCAUACCAGAAUGAGCACAAUUCAGUCAAGGACACCGGAGAAAGAAGCAAAAAACCACGUGACAAGGACCUGAAAAUCUCCAUGAAAAUCUUGUUCCAUUACCCACCUACCUUUCCUUUCACCUAAUCCUAAGAUCCUAAAAGCUUUCCUAAAAACUCUUCCCACCAAAUUGAAGCCUACUAAAUGCCCUGCAAGAGAAAAAAAAAUGAGGCAAGAAAAGCGAAAAAAGAAGGGAGGAGAGAAAGCGGAAAGUAAAAGUCAAGACUGCUGUGUCACUUUUAAACCCAAAAACUGUCCAAAUUUUGCUUUCUGCGCAUGCCCGAACUUCGUAAGCUGAUAUUUUGCAUCUGGAUCAGAAGGCCGCCAAGUGUACGACCUGUAAACCGGUUUGUGGUAAGUUUUAGCUCUUUAUAGCAGGACAGUGACCAGAAAACCACUCGACUAGAGUAGCUUCAAAACGCGUUUUUCGGCAAAAUCUCCAGGAGCGAAUGGGUUAAUUUCUCCUUCACUAUGUUUGAGAAGUAAUAUCAAGCAUUCGACAAAAAUAAUCUGCGGGUCGCAUUUUCAACUCUCUUCUCAGUGUCUCAUGCUUGACACAUUACUUCAAUCAAUUAUCAUUGCAAAUACUUAUAUGCAAAUAAAUUAAUCUUGAUAUUGUUGAUUGUUAUUCUACAUUUCAGCAGAACAGAUUUUUUACCGGAUCAGAAGUUAAGCGAGGGACUGCAAGAUCUUCUUCGUGGAUAUGAUCCUCGAAUUAGGCCAAACUACUCAGGUAUAACGUAGUACUGAUAUACACUUGACUACGAGAUCCACGUUGGUUUUGUUCAUUUUUUACAUUUCUUUUCUUUUUUUUUCCUUGUGAGAUGUUUAUGGAGCUAAAUAAACGAAUAAAUAUAUUAAGAACAAUUUAAUGAAUGUCACAUCAAAGCUCAUGAACAACAAAAAACAUGAUAUUUUGCCUCACAUAUAAAGUAAACCAAAAAAAGCGUUUUAUCUAUCCAGAAGUAAUUUGUAUCAAGAUUCGAUGUUUAGCUAUUUAACUCUAGUUCGGAAAGACUGAGAGCGUGUUAACAUACUAUUUUUUGCCUCUUUUUCUUUUCUUUCUAAAGGAAAUCCAGUUGAAAUCCUAGUUGGUAUUUCGGUUGCAUCGUUUUCCAACAUCAACGAAGUGGAUAUGGUAAUACAUUCUCGCUUUCUUUUCUUGUGGUUAUCGUCAUUGUUCUUUUAAUUUUAACUAAAUUAGGGCCCAUUUACAUGGAGUGGGGGAACCCGAUCUAGUGGGGUUGGUUUCUUUUGUGUUCACGCUCUGGGGGACACAAAACAAAAGAAACCUACCCCACUAGACCGGGGUACCCCACUCCAGGUAAAUAGGGUCUUAGACAGUCAAUCGCCUUCUACUUUCCCCCGAUUUUACGCAUUUUUAGGUUUUAUUUCCUUGACGGGCCGCGUGUUAAAUACUCCUCCCCCCCCCCCUCCCUCGCUCACUUCUGUCCAGAUCCUUUUAGUCUACAUUGUACCAACAGAGCCAUAGCAUUAUUAAAAUUGCCAAGAUUCUCAGAGUGAUUUAUGGAGGCUGAAGAUAUUGCUCUGCUAAGUCGCAAAACUUUCCAGCAGACAUUUGUGAGGUGAGGGCAAAAAUUUGCCCCCAUCAUACAACCGUGUAUGAAAGUUCGCGAAUUUGCUGAGCAUCCUUUAGACGCAUUACUUUUAAAAUUGGCAUAUUUACUUAUUUCAUGCCGUUCUUUCCAGCAGUCUCGACAGAUUUCCCCUAACUGGUCCUUAUCAAAACUUUAAAAAAAAUGGAAGAAGGGCCAAUUCUCUUCGCCCUGUCUCCCACUAUAUAAAUUGUUUAUUAAUAAUUCUUGCUGGCUGAGAUUUGUAUUAUUUAUCCCAGUUCCCCUGACUGAUUAAAGUUACAAUUUCCCCUAUUACCUGUAUAAGUUUCAUUUUUAAUCGAAAUGAAUUUCAAAUUCGACUAUCCAAACUGAUCUAAAGUAACAAAGUUCGAUUGCGUUGGAUUGCGGAAAUUCAUUUACUCUGAGAGUCGCCUGAGCGGUGUUUGAUAACGUUUGAGCGAUCAAACGUUCGAUUUAGCUCGAGUAAUAAUUACCCUAGGUCAUAGAUUUAUUUUUUAAGGGAAAAUGUCUUCCUUCCAUUCAUGUCCAACAACGGUAAACAGAGCCGUAGCUAGUAUGAGGCCAACCGAGGCACUCGCCUCGGUAAAAUUUUGACGAAUUUCGCCGAUCAUUUUUAUUUUACAUAAGCGAUCAUCGGAUAUUUUUAACGCAUCAUGAUAUUACAAAGAAUUCAGCAAUUCAGUCAAUAUACUAUGAAAAAAUUACCAUAUCAUCGAUCUCAAGGGGCUACGUACGUUAACUCAAAUUUUUUUUGAACAAAUACUGAUCAAAACCAUUGGCGAGGUUAACGGUCACCCAGAUUAUGUAGCUUGUUUCUGAUUAUUGCUUUUUAAAUUCCACUUAAAUUAACUCGAAAAAAAGUUACCGAAAGGCCCAGAAAACGCUGCAAAUCGCAUUUCCGAGAGACUAAAGUUCAAAAUUUCUCGGGGGGGGUGGGGGUGGGGUAUGCCCCCAAACCCCUCUGCCUCGGUUGGCCAUUUGGUCUGGCUACGGCACUGGUAAAUAUAGUCUGUGCCUUAAUCUCACCCUGUUUAACAGUUUCGUGUGUGGCGCAGGUUAAGUUGAGUGAUGCUACAAGCUGGGUGAUAUUAUAAAUAAAGCCUCUUAUUUUUAAAUCAUUUUUUAGGAAUUCGGAUUGGACAUUUUUUUUCGGCAGCACUGGAAAGACCACAGGCUUUCUCAUAACUUGACUUCCAAGAUAACUCUUACUAUGGGAACUAAACACCCCGCGGAUUAUAUCUGGGUGCCGGACACCGUGUUUGUAGACGCCACCAAGUCAUACAUGCAUAAUGUACUGACAACCAAUCACAAGAUCGAUAUCUCAGCAGACGGACAGGUGGUUUGGGGAACAAGGUUGGUGUGUCUGAUGGGCUCGCUUUAUCCACAGGUCGCCCAAGCUCACUAUGAGAGCCCUUGAGAAACACUACCCUGCUUAGCUAAAUAAUAAUUCAUACCGUAACAAUUUGACUUUGUACAAGAAAUAUUCUUUGUGCAUUAAAAUUUGCUAUUAGACUAACUUUUAGCAUUUUCCUCUUAUUAAACACGUUUAAAUGCCUUCUCUUCGCUCAUCUGGCUGAAAAACAGAUGCUCAAAAAAGACAUUGAAACGUUCCUAGAGGCCUGACAAGCAGUCAGCAUACAAAUAAACACAAGAAAACGCUGAAGAUAAUAUUAAAAUUAAAUUUCAAUGCGCAAUUUGCUUAUUUAUAGAAUAUAGAAUAUUUCUCAUGCAACGUCUUAAUUUUUGCGGUGAGAAUAAUUAAUUAGCUAUGUAGGCUGGUGUUGCUCACCGCUUGGGCCACCUGUGCUUUAUCAUGCAUGUUUAAAUGGGCCACCUGUGCCUUAUCAUACAUGUUUAAACUACAUCUGGAUUUGCACUGCCAAAAUCCACCCCUCCAACUCGUAGUUUUCGCUUGUGAAGUUCUUUUCAAACAUUUUGUGAAAAGGUUAUGAAAUUAUUGAGCCCAUAUUUUCAAAGCAAAUUAGCUUUUCAAAUAAAGUUUUUGUAUUUGGGCAUGAUUGUACUCGUCAUGCUUUGUCAAAUUAAUUAUUUGUUACAUUUCUAGUUGAAAUUUGAAUUUUACUGUCAAUAAUUGGAUUGGCGGGGUCUUUCUGCUCAGUCUGCUGCCCUGCAAACCUUGAGCUUAAUGGGAUAAACAAAAAACUAAAAACCUACUGUCUAAAAAGCUCUUUCAUGCGUUCUGCCGACACAAACUUGCCGUUUUUUCUAUGUACUGUAUCUUUAAUAGACGGUGCACAGGAUAUAUAGUAAGCACAAAUAAGGCUUUGUUCCAACCGGAUGGGGCUUUUGUUCACACACAUGAACAGUUGUGGGGUCGGUUGUGGCGGCGCGAUUUCUGUGACAGAGCAAAGAUGCGCCGCGCUUAUCUCGAAAGUGGAGCGUCACAUUACGGAUAGGUUUUCUGCCAUACUUUGGUGCAGCGUGCUCACUUAUUUGGUCCGUCGCGUAGGAGCAGUGACUGGAACCCACUGAGCUGGAAGUAUGAGUACCGUUUCAACAGGCAGUAAAUAUUCAGGAGUGAGGACUGGAAAUUAGUGCACCAAGCCCUUUCGUCCAGCCGCGCCAACACGAUGUUUGAUGCGUGUGAACGACUUGUGCGGCCCCGAGGCCGUUGCUAUUCAUACUAUAUACCGGAUGGCUUCUCGUAGCACCACGAAAAGCUUUCCAGUAGAGUGUGAACAUCAUUUUGAGGAGAGGUCGAUAGUAGGGGUUGACUGACGAGGCUGACAAUGAGAAGCGCGGCAGUUGACCAAUAGGUUCAUCCAUAAUUACCCCUACUAAAUCAGUGUCUAAUUUAAAUCACAGAGCAACUCUACGAGCGAGAUGUCACAUGAAUUUACGUACUUUCCCCAUGGAUGAGCAAAAUUGUACAAUCAACAUUAUUAGCUGUAAGUAAUUUUGAAACAAAGAGAAAUUAUCAGAAAGCUUUUGAGUAAUUUUUACAUUCUAUAUAACACCAAAGGGUUCUUUUCUUUCUCGCAUUGAGGUUUGGCUGUGGUCUUUGACAGUAAGCUUGACCCGAGGCCUACCGCCCCUUCCCCCCCGCCUAGGGAGCUUAAGCUUAUUUCAUCUCGUUCCGAAAAGUUCGUCAAAUUUUGGCAAAUUUUUCUACUGAUGAAUUGUAAAGGACUACAUCAAAGUUCAGAAAAAGAAAAAGAAAGUCGUUGUCUUGUUUUCACGCCCUCAACAAAACCGUAGUCAUGCGGUGACGGCAAAGAAAUGCACAAAAAACGUGCAAUGCACGCGCAAAGUUGUUGAUUUGCCUAUUGCUUUUUAUAAAACUGUGAAAGGAUUGAACCCAGGAGUCAUUUCAAAAGUAGGUUGAGUUUGAUCGUGCUUGUGAACGUAGUCUUGAAUAGGACUGUUGUCGUUGACAGUGACUUACGUUUCGACAACCUGUGCGGUAGUCAUCUUCAGAGUCAAAGUGAGUUGUAUCACGUCAGUUGAUGGUAUUAUACUCUGGUUAUUGAUCUGAUUGGUCAAUUACGUCGCGAUGUUAUUGGUCGUCUGUCUGUUAAGUCGUGAUGUUAUUGGCUAUGAAGAAUCGUAAUCAGUAAUUGGUGCGUUUCGAUCCGUCUAUUGUUACAGUUAAACAGUCGUCUAUUGUUAGUCAAAUUGUCAGUUCUCCAGUCGUUCUCUCUCUGUCUCUCUCUGUCGAAACGUCAGUCACUGUCAACAACAGUCCUAGUCAGGACUACGUUCACCCGGACGAUCAAACUCAACCUACUUUUGCUUUUUUUAAGUUCUCGAUUUUUUCUUCACUUUUGGUGUGUAGGCGGUUUGGAUAUCAACAAUGGCCGUUUUCACAUUACAGACGGAUAAUCCAAGUUCAAAAUCUGUCAAAAUUGACGGGAAAACAGAUGGAUAAAGUUAGGCGGAUUGUCCAUCUAAAAUUAAGACCAUUCGAUUUUCAAAUUAAGACGUAUUAUCUGUCUGACGCGAAUUAUCCCACGGAUAAUCCGUCUCAGACGGAUGAUCUCUCUCUAGUGUGAGUACGGUUAAUAGGUGCGGUUCCACUAGACCUUUUCCUCAAAGCUCCCCUUUGGGAAAUUGCUUGGAUUGGGUUGGCUCUGGGUUUUGAUCACUUUCAUGUUUGCGGUUACACAGCGAAGACGGAAGAAAACAGUUCGCGGUAAACGUCGUUGUAAACAUUGAAGGUUGACAUAAAUCAUUUUACUUCUUUAAUGAAACUUCCACAUCGAUAAAGCUUAACAAGAGCGAUUCAGCCGUUAAUCAUAACCCCCCAUAACAAAAUUCUCCAAUCUGAUUGGUUAUCAUCUGCCCCGAUUUCGGUUUAAUAGGACAAUUUAAUACUGUACGGUCAUGUCGCUCGCGCUUAAAUGGCUUUUUUUUUUUUACUGCUUGCAAAAAAAAUAUUGGAAUUUCUUUUGUUUUGAUUCAAAAUAAAAGAAACUUAUAUAUCACAAAUUUUGUUAAAGUUAUGAUUAAUUGGUAACACAACUUCGUGUCGUCCAAUUCGGUCUGUAAUCAUACUUGUGAUUAAACAAAUCUGACUCCCGCCUUAUGGAACCAAGGAUUCAAUUGUAUCAUGUUAGGCCUUGGCCAAAUGUCGAACUUUUCAUGGGACGAACCAAACUUAGUGAGUAAUGCAUCAGUCAAUUCCAGCUGCGCCCAGCCCCCCCCCCCCUCCCGGCUGACCCCCGGGCAUUAGCUUUUUUUUCGCCUUGCAUGGCAAAUUCCCGGGUGUGGGGACUCUUGAGCUGUCAAAUCCCCCGGGGUGGGGUCGAAAAAAGAGGGCAAAUGCCCCAUCCUCCGUGAACACUGCAACAUUUUUUAUUGAUGGCACAGUCGAGUAGUGCCAUUUUAAGCAUUUUAAUGUGCGAUUAUUUGUUUCAAUUUAACGUUUUCCUUUGUAAUAGUAGUGUCAAAAGCUCGGGGUUGGCCCCGGGGUUGGCAAAUGCCCGGCUCCCGGGCAGCGCAAACUUUGCAAAUGCCCCACCCCCGGGACUGACAAGGUGGGCAAAUGCCCCGAAGUAGCCCGAGGUGGGGGGUGGGGGCGCUGGGCCCAGCUGGAAUUGACUGAUGCAUUAAGUUCAUGAAAAUUAAGUUCGACGUCUGGCUCAGUUAAGUUCGUCUAAAUAAGUUUGGAUCGUCGAACACGUUCUAUCCGUCUGAAGGUCAUUUGCGACGCAAACGUCGAUCUUCACAUGCGACGAACUGAACUAACAUAUAAAAAAAUUUGUAUGAUGAUGUAUAUUUAGCCCCGCGCGUUAGGGAGAAAAUAGACGCGUCCUAGAGUUCGACUUCCGACCCAACGGACGAACUUAACUUAAUUUAGGGACUGGUCAAAAAGUAUAGGGGGGUGGGCCGGAGCAUUUGGAAAUGUGGUUGAUAAAAAACACAUGACCCACCCCCUCCCUUCGGCACAAAAAUGACUGACCCACCCCUAAAGCAAGGUUGGAAAUUGCAUGACCCACCCCCUAGUUAAAACAUGGAUGUUCGGUUUCCUCUUAAUAAUCCAAUAAAACCUUAUUCUGUGCUUGACAAAAUUUGUUGAUACACUGCUACAAGCAAUAUCAAAAUCACAGAAAUCAUACCUUUCACUAAAAAGACGAAUGUGAAAAACUCGCGAACAUUUCUUGUUUCAAUGGAUGUUAUGAGUCUUGAAAAUUUCAACAAAGACAACCCAUUCCUACACAUUACUUGCCGGAAAUGCUUAGAUUAAUCCUCAACGAAAAUUUCUUCCACUUCAGUGGAAAGCAAUACCUACAAAACCAUGGAACUGCAAUGGGCACAAAGAUAGCAGUUUUGAUUCCUUUGCCAAUAUUUUCAUGACAUAUAUUGAAACAACAACUCUAAGCAAAACUGUCUUUAGAACAACGGUUUGGAAAUGCCACGUACACGAUAUCUUUUCCCUAUGGGACAUGAGUAAACCAAACAUCGAAGCCUUCAUUGAACAAGCGACCUUACAUCACCUAACUAUUGAAUUCACGGCCGAAACAUUUGACACUGAGACUGCGUUUUUAGACACGGUUGUAUACAAAGGCACAAGAUUCAAGGAAAAAUCUAUCCUUGAUGCAAAGACACAUUUUAAACAAACGGAAAGCUUCUUGCACACACAUUUCACCUCGUGUCACCCUCCAAACUGUCCAAAUGUUAAAAAAGAAUUUGUCAAAGGAGAAGCCUUAAGAAUCCUACGAAAAAACUCCUCAGAAACAACCUUUGAGGAAAAUAAUUCAAAUUAAAAAAAAAAAACGCUUGACGGACGGAGGCUACCCACAAUUUUUAGGGGGGAACCAACGUCAAUUUUCGGAAAAUAUCUGUUCGAAAGACGAUUUGAGAUCUAGAAUUUUCGGAACAUUUAUUGUAAAAUUUCUUGCUUGUCUGCCCCUCCUAGGAUUUUCGAACAUCUAUAAAAAUGGUAUAAGUGCCCAUUUUUAACGGAUUUUUACCCUAAGGUCACCUAGAAUUUUCGGGAGCCUUUUUUCUGGUUGAAAUUUUCGAAAAGGUAAGUUUUGAUCCCUAUAAUUUUCGUAUAUCACUAGACUUUCAGCUAGGAGAUCCGAACAGAUGAAAAAUUUUUAGGGGAUAAAAAUAUGCCUAUAUCUACUGUUUAAAUACUAAAAUACGUUUAACAAUGCUAUGUUGAAGUGGUUUUGAACUAUAUUCUCGUUGAGUGCCCCCUAUCUUUGAUAGAAAACCUACUAUCAGAAAUAAAAUUCACAAAAGGGAGUCUAAACUCUUAAAACAAAACAACAAGGAGGAAAAAAAAAUAUUGUCAUUCGUGACACAAUACCAGCCCUCAGUGUCUACUAUAAAGGAAGCUUGAAUGAAAAAAUGGAAUCUUAUACAAAACCAACUAUAACUUCGAUAAAUUUUAAAAGAACCACCAAUCAUUUCCUUACAAAAAAGGAAAAUCGUUAAAGGAUAUGCUCGUUAGAGCCGAAAAAAAAAGGUUGACAGAGGGUUCCAUGCCCGUGUAGAUGUGCGGCCUGUCAACCUUUGUAUUUUCUCGCACAACAGGUUUGUGAGUAUUUUAGCAAUAAUUACAGCUUGUUGUGUUUUAUGUAACAAGUGUAGUCAAAUGUUUCGUUAGUAGUUAGUAAAAAAUAGGGUGACCCACCCCCCGAGGGUAGCUGAAAAUUGCACGACCCACCCCUUGCACAAGGCUCAAAACCUCAUGACCCACCCCCUCUCUGCUCCGGCCCACCCCCCCUCUAUACUUUUGACCAGUCCCUUAGGAUGAAACGUUCGACGUUUGGUCCAGGCCUUAUUAUAGCAGAACUGGCUCUUAUUUGCAAUGAAGUUGAGGGAAAUUAGUAAAAAGGUAUAACCAAUGUAAUGCCGCUUUGCCGCAUGCGCAGUGCCAGCCUUGCAUUCAGUUUUGUUUUAUUUUACACACUAAGUGACGUCUGGCUACAGCAUCUCUUUAACUAGAGACCCGAUAAGGGGAACCAGUCAGUUUUAUUUACGCGUUACGUAGACCUCUGCAUUCAAACAGUUUUUCCAAUGUAAACUCUGUGAUCAGUGGUUGGUUUAUUUGUCAGUAAAAUUAAAAAGUCAGGAUGUUGUUUUUAGAUGCGUACCCAACUCAACACCUGGUUUUCAAAUGGCAGUCACCUUCACUCGUAGUACUAGACAAAGAAAUGGCGCAGUUUUACAUGAACGAAAUGAGCACCACUGUCGGAAGAACACAGUAUGUCGCAGGUGAGUAGAUCAGUGUAAGGCCGUAAGUAAAAAUUUGAAUCAAUAAAAGUUUCUGUAUGGUUGGUAUUCGGUACCAUUUUAUUUUUGAUGAUUUUAAUUUCCAAGGUUUCUUCACCAUGCAGUAGUUCGAAAUAGUUAUCGGGGAGCUUAAGCAACAACGUUUUUGAGCGACGCACGUCAACUGGAAGUGGCCUUUUUUCAUUUUUUGACGGUGGUUUCGCGCAAAUUUUCAGUCAAAUCGCCUCUUUAACAAUAAAGAAGCUAAGGAAUACAAAUUUUAUAUCAUCAAGGCAUGUUAAGAGGGAAAAUACCUCACUUCCGGUUGACGUGCGUCGCUCAAAAACGUCGCUGCAUAAGCUCCCUAUCAUCUGAAUAAUGACGGCACGCUGAUUUUACUCCUUUUCCCCACCCUCAGUGUCCUGUUGCGUUUUAACGGUACUUUUUAAGCUAUAUAUACGGAAAAAAAGAAGUCGAAACAAGGAAUUGAGGUCAAACCUGGGAAUCGACAGUGUUAGGCAUCUGUCAGCACACUAGCCAACUAUGCCAAUACCAGCUAGGCCUGUCGACCCGAUUGCGCUCAUAAAAUGCUGGAAAGUUACUAAGUAAAACUGAAACGUCAAAAAGUUGCUAAAAUAGUGCCAAAGAUCCAAACCGUUGCCACCUAAAUUUAAAAGUUGCCUCCUAAAUUUAUCGAUGUUUUUAAAUAUGUACGUUAAUUAAGAGCUUUAAUCUCCUCUCUUCCCAAUAAUUGUUAACAAUGAUCAAUAAAAAUAUCUUGAAACUUACUUUUAAGAGUUGUUCGAAAAUAUGGGCAUAACCACGGAUAGCCCAAGCUCAAUAUGAGAGCCCUUUUUUUCCUUUUUUUCUACAAUUGAUCGAAAUGUGCAUUAAUAUUUUUUCUUUAAAACUUACCUUUAAGUUGAUACUGACGCCUAAGAAAUUCGCAUAACUUGAAGUUUUCUAUGAAAUCGUUGAUUUUUUUUCUUAUUUGCUUUUGACUUAUAUUUUGCCCAAAAAUUGCUCAGGAAGGCAAAAGUAGCACCAGGUUUCCAGAACCGCAAAACAUUCCUCCCAAUGCCAAAGGUGCUCAAAAGUUGCCGAGCACAAUCGGGAAAGUCCUAAUCCCAGCUUCUUAAUAAUGAUAAUUAUCAUCAUCAUCAUUAUCAUUAUCAUUUAUUUAAUAGUAUUGUGGGUCUCUUUGAUGAUUUUGUUAUUUUCUGUUUCUUUUUUAGGAGACUAUUCACUCCUGCAAGUGACAUUCUCAUUCAAAAGAAGAAUGGGUUUUUACCUGAUUCAAAUCUACAUACCUUGUAUAGCGGUGGUGCUUGUAGCUUGGAUGUCGCUGUUCAUUGAUAGUCGCGCGACACCCGCGCGUGUGAGCCUGUGCAUUACGACACUUCUCACCAUAUCAACUAUCUGGGGCGCCGUCAAUUCCUCCAUGCCAAGAGUUUCCUACGUGAAAGCCAUUGAUGUUUAUCUGAUGGCAUCUUUCUUCUUUGUUCUCUGCACCAUGCUAGAAUAUAUUGGCCUUAUACACCAAGGAAGAGCAAAGGUAUUACUAAGCAAUCUUAAGAAGGAGUGUACUUGA